GAAAUUUAAGUUUUUUUUCAGAAAUUUCCGUAUCAUCAAAAUAUUGAACUUGAAUGUAGUGUAGUCUGUUUACAAUUUUGAUCUUGUCUAGCUUCUAUAGAUAAUGAGUUGUAAAAUCUAGUUCUUUAGCGUCUUCUUUUGACAUUUCUAGCGUGCUUUUAAAAAUUCCAGAGAUGAGGUUUCCCAAUAAGGCUGACAUACAAGUCUUGUUAUUGCGAUGGCCUAAGGAUCUUUGGUUGGUGCUUGACAAGCCGGUUAUACUGUUUUCUAUGAUUGUACUUGGUUUCUUUUUAUCAAUGUUUGCUCUUCUUCAGACUCGUUGGAUUUUUUAUCAUUUUGGCUUCUAUCAAACUUCAGAUAAACAAUUGGUGAAACUCUUGUUGCUUUUUUCUUUCCUGUGGAUUGAUCUCGUGGUGCUCAGGAGUGCAUUAAGUGUCUUCAAAACCAAGCCAAAACCCAUUGUCAAAGCUGUUGAGACUAAAGAAGGAGGGUCAGCCAGCCAAAAUGAUGUUCGAAAGAAUCCACCACGAAAAUGCAAGAAAAAAUGAGUUCGGGAAAAGCUCAGCUCCAUGAGUUUUUUCGUCUCCAAUGAUGUUGAUAAGGAAAUGUAAUAGAAACAUUCUCUUGUG